AUGAAGUCGUUCUUCAUCUUGUGCUGCCUAUUAGGCAAGGCCGCCGCUGACAGCGGCAACGACUUCGUAAACAAUUUGUUUACUGAUCUCGCCCCGCUUCUCGCUCUCUUUGGCGAACGCGUCACCCAGCAAUUCAUGAGCCAAUCUACCGGCUGGGCCGACCACAUCUUGUUAUCCAUGGCACCACUUGGAAUCGUCACGGCAAUCGUCGCCGCAAUAAGGGUCGGCGGCCCGCCUUGGCUCAAAGCAAUCAUCGGUAGGGCGCGAGAAAACUUUGCAGUCGUGGAAUCAGAGCUUCUAUCAUCCACGUCGAAUGAAGUGUGCGAGGUCUGGAACGGACGCGAGACUGUGAGAAUCAUGGGAAAGCCACCAAUCGCUGAAUUCAUUUGUCUUGUGAGGAAAAAUGAGCCAUAUUUGAGCUUGAGACCGGGAAAGCGGAUGAACGUCAAGUUCAUGACAAUGGACGAUGCAAUCAAGCAGGGGCUCAUCAAGAGGCAUUGCAAAGAUAGCGAGCUCAGCGACGUGCAGAAGAAAGCUCCGCUUGAGCCAAAGGCUACGAGUCUCGGGAAAUUAUGGCGCUUUCUAUUCUUAAGAAGGGAGAAUGGUGCCGUAGACGAAGAAGCAGCACGAGAUGACAGCUCAGCAGAUGGCCGAGGCCCCAGUAUUCGCGGCAGAUGUGACGAAAUCGGAAACGAUGCGAGUUCAAACUUGCCCGACGGGCCAUCAACUGCUCCAAUCGGCAUUACCAGUGCUGCUACCGGAGUGCGAGCGGAAGAACCGGAAGCAUUUGAGUCUUGCCACGGAAGUCUCCCUGCGCUGAGCGAAGAGGAAAAGUCCUCGCCUCACGCUGACAAGAGUGGCAGGGAAAGCAGCAAAAGCAAUGAUUACUCUAAUGAAACGGAGAUCGGCCAAGAAAAAGAUGACGAAUGGAAAUUGUUGGCUGCCAUAGAGAGUGGGAGAAGAGAGGAGCUUCUGGAACGGAGGGCCGCUAGAAGGAAUUUUCCCUCUCGCCGCUAUGGCCGCAUCUUUACAUCCACGUCGAGUGAUAAUGAGGUUCCAGCUGCGGUUAAAAAAAGUCGCUUUGGCGCGGAAAGCUGGAGAACAGCGCAGGAGCCAAUGAGUGAAAGUCCAUCGGCCCGUAGCGAAAAUAUGCCUUCGUACGAAUCUCCGGAGCCGGCGAUCCCGCCUGUGACAGCGUCAAUCAGCGAGGUCUCCGAUAUCGUUGUUAUCCGGAACAGCCACCAUACCAUACCAAAUAUUAGCAUGAAUUGCCACAAGUCUUUCCGUCGAGGCUCUCUGCGACUCGCAGCCGGGUUUGCAACAUUACUGCAAAUCAUUCUGAUCAUAUACUCCAGCGGCACAGUGUAUUAUUGGAGAAUGAAACCGGACGGCAAGCCUGUGAGAAGCUAUGGGUUUCCCUUUGCUGCUGGCGGUUCGAUGACGCUCGUGGCCGGCAUGAUGGUUUGCGCCCAUGUCGUGGAAAGCUAUACUAAAGAAAUUCGGUACACAGUCCUAAAAAAUCGCAUGGCGCGGAUGAUUUGGUUACAGCAAAGGCAAAAAGUUGGAGAGCAAGUCUUUGACUCGUGCGCGCUCUACCCUCCUGACGCGCAGGAGAUAAUCAUUACAUCGGGUCGAGAUCAAAUAAGCCAGCCCUUAAUGCUCUCGCUUGAAAGACUACUCCCCAAGCUCCUCAGAAAGGUCAAGGAAAAUGCGCCAGAUGCUGCAAAAGACGAUGCCGCUGAGGAGAAAGAGAGUGAUUCCGCGUCUGAGCAAGAAAAAGCAAACAAGCUUGAGAGCUUAACAAUGUUAGAAGCAAAGACUUUUUUAGGAGUCACACUAGCACUUCUUGGCUUCUUCUUCCAAUUUACCGGAAUAAGAGCGCUGCACUGGUCUGUUGCUCUGACUCAAUUAGGCGCCGUCGGUAUUUUGGCCAUUCUGAGAGUUUGGGUCCGACGUGGAUUCUCAAAGCCGCCUGUUCACUACAAUCUUAUUCCAGGACAUGAGCUAGACUGGCUUGCAGUGGCGCUUCAGCAUAGCGACACACUUCCAUGGCGUCAAGACAAGACAGAGCUACACUCGGAGAAGGCAGGGCUGGCUUGGGGUGUUGCUACUGGUAGUGAUUUGCAACACAUGCACGGGUCAACUUCGAGCACAUGUUUAAACUGGGAAGUCGAAAGCUCGCACGGUGAGCAAGUCAAGAGCUCGUCACCGUGCGAGGAUGACGACAGAUUGGAUGCCAUUUUACCACUGAGGAGAGAUUUGGCACAAGCCAGCGACUGGAACGGCCCGCUAUCGCCGCUUGCUAUAAAGCUGGCUGAAUCCUUGGAUGCCGUCAUGGAUCUCUGUUUUCCUAACUCAAAGGUCCGCAACACCGCCCAAUGGGACAUACUUCUAAGUCCCCAGAAGAAUCACGGCGCAAGAUAUGCGCGAUUCCAUAUUCGCAGAGAGAAUGGCCGAUGGCGGAAUCAGUCUGAUGAAAUCGACGCCGCGCUCUCGCUGUGGAUUUUUUCGGUAAUAAUGGUGUAUCAAUGGCCUACACGACAGAAGAACAUGGGCUUAGAGACCGAUCAAGAGACGGAAUCGGGUGAUUCCUGGCUCAGAAGAAAGGGGGCUUUACAGAAAAGGGGUUUACAAAUAAUUGGACGCGCCACAGAAUCUAUCAUCAAAGAUAUGGAUUGGUGGAUACCAGUAUCGACAACACAGCUUGUCGAAGUGCGGCCCAUCGGUACCAUUGCCGAAGGAUAUAUUGAAGAGAGAUCUUGUACGCAAAGUAGCAGAGAUGUAUAUAUCGAGAAAGACAGUUACAAGAAGUAUUGCGUCACUGGCCGCAGUUCGACCAAGCCUAGCUGCUUUUCAUUGUUGAACGUGGACAGCCAAAGGCAGACGGGAUCUUUUACGGAUACGAGACGGGGUUCUAUCCCAGAUGGCGAGCAAUUGCAUGGAAUAAUGACUCGACGAAUAUCUGAUCGAACAAGUGACAUUUUCGAUUGCGGAACAAAGGAACCAAGGCGAUUCAAGCAGCUCUUUCAAAGCGCCAUCAUCAAGCAGCGUGGCAAACCUUCUUCGAAGACGGAGCCUCAGCUCUUUCUUGCUUUGAAUGCCACCGAUUCUUUGGAUAGAAUGUACGCCAGGGAGCUUCUUGCAGCUUUUAUUUGGGCAGUCGCUGAAAAAGUUGAAGACAGUAUCCCCGGGGAAGUCACAGUUCAUCGCAGUGGUGCGUGGAGUGAACAGGUUGGGAGAGGACUCGUGUCCAAAACUGGAGACCUGGAGUUUGAUAUCGAAGUACGGCACUCGGGCUUAUCGAAAAUGAUGGAAGAAAUUCAUGCAAGGGGCUUUGCUUCCCCGGAACAAGUACACUGCCUGACGAUAUCGCCGCUAAGCUGCUUGGGAAAGCUUCCUGAUGUGGUGCCGGUGGUGCAGCAUAUGGAGGCCGUAGCCAGGACGCUGUCAAGCAAACCAGAGUAUUCCUUUCACGAGACAAUAUUACAUUUGUGGCUUUUUUACUCUUGCAGCGUGGCCACGAUUACUCCGACUGGCUCCGCGAGUGUGCAAGCCGUGGCAGCUGCCAUUGAGCACCACCGAAGGUUGACGGACGAUAUGCGUGCCAUGCUAAUUCAAGGAACUGCAUGCGAGUACUAUGAGCCACCGCAAAGAUCAAAACAAGUCACUGAGAUACCUAUGAACAUAUCCGCAGAUUAUAGAGAUCUUGUCGAUGCUCGCAAUCGAAUACAAGAGAUGUUGACUUUGGCGCCUCCUAAAGUUCUUGCUCUUGCGGAAGCUACCAAAGCAUGGCACAGAAUGAAGUGGUGCCUAGAGAAGGAGGGCAAAGAGCUUCAAAACAGUCAUUAUUUGGAUGACAAAUAUCGGCCACAUGGCAUAUCAGACCGAAAGGCCGAUGUAAAAGCAAUCAAAGACGUCUCAGGGACUGACCCUGUCGAAUGGUUCAUCUUUGACCAGGCCGAGUACGAUGGGAGGGUCGAAACGACGAUAACGGACAUGUUUGGUUGGAGUGUACUUCAUCACAUUGCGAGUGGAAGGCGACUGCAGCUCCAUGGAACUUACAAACGCGACGACUUUGUGCAAAUUGCCAGGAAUGAGGACCUCAACGGCUGGACACCGUUACAUUAUGCCUGUUGCCGUGGACAUCGGAACUUGGCGGAAGGUUUAAUGAAGUUGACAAGGGAUGUCAAUCACGCCGGACGAGAUGGGAGGACGCCUUUACAUUGCGCAGUGCAGAAUAAUCGACUGGCCGUUGCGAAGAAACUAAUAGACUAUGGCGCUGUUCUCGAUCGACUAGACAAAACAGGCAACAGCCCAAUAUUCUGGGCAGCCUACAAAGGUCACAACGAAAUGUUUCGGUUCCUAUUUCCGCUAGCAAACAUUCGGCGGCUUUGCAACGGCGGGCGGACCUUACUUCAUGCUGCAGUCAUUGGGGGUUCUCGCGUCAUUGCGAGAAUGAUUGGCGAAGAUGGCCGCUUGAUGAUAGAUAUGACAGCCAUUGAUGAGGCUUCCAUGACAGCUUUGGAAUAUGCAGUGGCUAAUGAAGACGUAAAGAUGGUGAGAUACUUGUCAACACUUCUAGAGCCGAUGUUAAAGGGUAGCCGCGCUUUGGACAAAGCCAUCGUCGCCACCAUUAAGCGCGACAGAAGUAUUCAGAUAAGCAGAGAGACUGGGAGUGACAGAUUUGAAAACGACAGAGUGAAAAUUUUACGGGUAUUGCUUUCGAGCCUCGACGAAGGGUCACCGCAGGUCGUUGACGCAAUGAUUGAAGCAAUCCGAGCAAAUCACAGCGAGGUUGUGCUGUUGCUCAUCCGCGACUUCAAAUGCCAAGUUGACACCAAAUCUAGCGCUGGCGAAUAUCCCAUUCACGUUGCUGUCAAAGAGUACAGUGAUGAAAUAGUCAAAAUACUAGUCGAGGAUGGUAAAGCCAGCCUAGACAAGAAGGAUGAAAAUGGCAAAACAGCACUUGAGUGUGCUAUUGAAUGGAACUGCGGGAGCAUGGUGGGCCAUCUUUGUCGUAUCAAAGCAGAAGUGGCACCGGACAGUCUGAUACUGGCCCUGAAGAUUGGAAAUUUUGUUAUUGCACAGCAGUUGCUCGAACUCGGAGUCGAAGUUGAUGACGGAUGCUUCGAAGCGAUCAAAAAGAGCGCGAGAGUGGCAGCUAUCGCAAAGCUGACCAAAGUUCUCAAGAAUUUCCAGGAGCGAAAUAAUGGGCGGGCGAGAAGAGAGGCCGAAAGCGGCUUGCGUUUGGAAGAUUCGGAAAGUCUUGACAGAAAAGAAGCAGGAUCUGGUUGA